GGCCAAGCAGUUGCCAACACUGAACUCGUCGGCAGAAUCGUGGGCAAUUUUAUGAAAGAACUGCAAGACAAGUACACUGGCACCUACGCUGACAUAGCACAAAUGCACUGCAUUGGUCUCAGUUUGGGAGCUCAAAUUUGCGGACACGUGGGGCAGUGGGUUCAGAGAACGUUUGGCAAGAAGUUGGCCCGAAUAUCAGGUACUGUUCUGUAUUAA